UGCCGCGAGCGCAAAAUCCGCUUUGCCAGUGUGACCAGCGGGAACCAGGAUGCGGGCAAUGUGGGAAGCGGCAGCAGGAGUGUCCCGGCUACCGCAACCUUGUGGAUCUCAUGUUCCGCGAUGAGAGUUCACACGUCAUCAAGAAGGCCAAAGCCAAGGCGAGGAAGAAGGCCUUGCUCUCUACCGAUAGGGACUCAUCCUCUCCGGAUACGGAAUCCAGGACAUCCGUCACACCUGAACCACGCGGCAAGCCACUGUCGCUAGUAACACCUAGCAGUCAUGCCAAGACUCCGGCAGCCGGCCCGACGCUCACUUGGGCUAAGGAUGAGAACAGCCUACUCCCGUCGCCGGACUCGGGCAGCUGGCCGACAACGCCCUUGAUCGCGUUGCUAUACAGCCUCAACCCUACCUACCAGGAACGCGGCACGGCCUUCUUCUUCUCGCGCUACGUCACUGUCGACGAGAAUGGUGGCCACCAGCGAUUCGACUUUGUUUACGAUGUUUGGAAGCCCGCGUCACUAGCUCCGGAACGCCAGGUCGAUGGCGUGUUGGCGAGCAUGACCGCUGUCGGCCUUAUCGGCCUAGGCCAUAUGAUCCGGUCGGACGAGGUCCUAGAAGCCGCGAGGAAGUCGUACGGCACUGCCCUCCGACUGACCAACCAGGCUCUGAAGAACCCUGUCGAGGCUGCCAGGGAUACGACGAUGCUUUCCGUGCUAAUUCUCAGCCUCUUUGAGAUGAUGACGGACACGACACCCAAGACGAUGAAGGCAUGGCAAGAGCAUGUUAAUGGAGCCGUAGCCCUCGCAGGCAUGAGGGGCGCCGAACAGUUCAAGCGGCCGGGCGGGGCGAAGAUGUUCCUCAUGCUCUGCUACAAGGUCAUGAUCAGUUGUAUCCAGAGGCAGAUGCCAAUGCCCGAAACCUUGGUGAACCUUGGGAACCAGUUAGGCAAGGGCCUAGACGACUGUGAUCCGGCAUGGCAGAUUGCAACGCCCGUAUGCAGAGUCCUACAGACCCGCUACGACAUCAAGUGUGGGAACAUAUCCGAGCCACAGGCUAUACUCGAGCAACUCUCUAGCAUCGAGGACGACUUUGAAAACUUACUGGAUAGCUUCCCGACAGCAUGGCAACAUCGGACAUUCAAGGUGUCCAAGAAUCAUCCAGCUAUCUUCCGGAAUAUGUGCCACACCUACCCGACCCUCUGGCACGCCACUACAUGGAAUAGCAUCCGCUCCUGCCGCAUGCUCAUUCUCGAGUCUAUCCUGAACGAGUUUCAAAAGCACUCAUCCAGCACCCAGCCGACGCCAAUGUCUGAACCAUACACUCGGGCGUUCCAGAAAGCAAGGCACAAACUAGAGCGGGUAUGCGAGGAUAUCCUUGCCAGUGUUCCUCAACAUGUUGGUCUGCUCAGUCCAAACGGCGGCGGCUAUGAGAACCUGAACCCGGCCACCACCCCCAUCCCAAACGUGACGGUUCGCCAAUCCCCGAGCCCUCCAACCUCGCCUUCCAGCAGAUCAUCUUCCUCGGGUGGCGAGGGCAACACCCCCAGAGAGUGUAAAAUGAUACCCACUGGGCCGACACUAGUCAACCCCACCCUAUCAAAGGACUCGGAGGAAGAGGCCAAAAGAUUCAUGCUGCUCGCCUCUGCCACUAAUUCCAUCGUCUGGCCGCUGUACCUGGUCGGCAUGGCGUCCAUCUGUAGCGAGGAUAUGAAGGCCUACGUCGUCGAGCGUCUACGCGCCCUUUACGCCGAGACAGGUCAGAGGCAGGCCGAAGUUAUUGCCAAUAUGGUGGAGACUCAUGAGCUUGAAUCCACAGAACGGCAGGACGCCAUCGGGCCACUACCUCUGCGCGAUGGUCUAACAUGAAGUAGGGCGCAACGGAGUGAAGAAGAGAUGAGGCUAUUCCGAUUGGAGCAAACGCUGUAGUGGUUAGGGGAGAGGAUGUCCGCUUGAACCACGUCAGGUCGCGGAUGGAGCACUCGCUAGCCAACGAGAACAGCUAGGACCACAGCAAAGCCGCCCUUCUGGCCAUGUGUGGCAUGGGGUGU